AUGGGGUGUAAAAGCUUCAAAGGUCGGCUGGGCCCGCUGCACCGCGGCGACGCCAGCGGUCCGGAUGAUCCGCUGGCGAGUGGGAAGAAGGGCAAGGCGCUCCACAACGUCAACGGCGUGGUUUUUCGUGGCGUCGGCGCCCCCGCGCAAAACAACGGCAAGGCAGGCGACAAGGGCAUCUCGGCGUUCCGCCCUGAUGAUGAGACGGCCAAGGCGUACCACAAGUAUGUCAUGGAGCUGCGCUGUGUCGCGGUGGCGCAGGGCAUUCUGCCAGCGGUGACCGACGACGCUGUCCUCGCACCGGAUGUGACAGGCGACAAAGGCGGCACUCCGGCAGGAACUAAAGGCACGACUGGCCCGGCGUUUCACCGCAACACGAAUGGUGACUCGACGAACGCCGGCGGCCAGCACGUCAGUCCGCCGGCGCGGACACUGACGGUUUAUCAGCUCCAACCGCUAGCCGGCGACACAUGUAUUGCGAAGGGCAUGUACAGCGAGGUUCACCUUGCGCACCUCUCCGUUUUCACUGGGCUCUCGGAGGAGGCGGUGAAUGCGACGUCGCCGCGGUAUGCCCCGGCACGGCGAGGCAACACCGGCAGUGCGGCCGCAUGCGCAGCCGGCCGCGAUCGCUCCUCCCCCAGCUUUGGUGGGGACGUGAGCUCGGCAAAGAGCCUCAACUCCGGCGGCGACAUCAUCGACGCCAGCGCGAUUGCUGGACCGGUCUCCGCUCCCGCUUCGACACCGACGGCUGCUCCGACCUGCACAGCUGUGUCGCACUACAUCAUAGCAAUGAAAGAGUUUUUUCUGUACAACAACUACACCUCUAGCUGUGUGUUGGAGCAGGUCUGCCUCGAGGUGCGACGGUGGGCGCGGCUGUCGACGUACUGCCCACACCUCCUCCGCUGCUACCAGCUGGAGUACGUUUUUGCUGAAGGCAUCUCCAUGGCUGUGCCAGAGGCAUCGUACCAGUUUUUUCCCGGACGGGAAAACCACGGCGGCAAUGGCGGCGCGGCUGCUGGCGGGCUCUCCGCUUCCGGUGAUCUCGCUACAGGCUCCGCUGGUCGUGGAGAGGAUCACAGGAAGCUGCUCUCUCGCAGCGGCACCCACCUACUCACCAGCCUUUUGAAUCGCCACUCGAACUCCAGCCUGAAGUCGCAGCAGGAAAACGCGGUCGGUGGCACACCGCGCAAACUGCGCUUGUAUCUCGAGUACGCCAAGCAUGGCACUCUGCGUGGGUUCCAGGUAAAGGAGAUGCCGUCGCGUUUUGAGCGAAGGCGGCUGCAUGAGCUGACCGCGCGCGCCUACAUGCGAGACGUCCUCCUGGCGCUUCUGCAGAUACACGACAGGGGCGAGAUGCAGUACGAUCUGUGCGCCAAGGCCAUCUUCCUUCACAGGCCGAUUCAGAGUGUCUACUACACCUACUUUCCUGCCUACAUUUCCGACCUGCCGACCGGCGACUUGACGAGUGUGACGCCGUCGCAGCUGGGCAAGGCGCUGGGGUUGCUGAACCCGCCACCGGGAUCACUGGACCUGCAGUGGCCGCCGCCGCCGCUGACGAGCGCGAGCAUCAGCCAGAAGCGAAAGGACUUUGAGAAUGAGCCGACAAACGGCACCCCGUCGCCGCUGUUAAAGCACCGCCGCGGCGUUCCUGGCGAGCAGCGGAAAAACGCGUUUUCUUCGGUUCGGCGCACCGGUAAGGCAGCCGGCGCCAAGGCCCGCCCGACACACAGCGUCUCCAUGCUGGCGCACAAGAACAGCUGUACGCAGCAGGUGUCUGCGAUCGCUGCCAACCCCAAUGAGAGCCCCAAAACCUUGGGUGGGCAAGGUGCGGUGGCCGCACAGGCCUGCAAGCAGGGGAACGGUAACACGGGCAUGAUAGAGAGUGGAAACGGCGUUGAGGUGUCCUACGGCAACAACGCUUCCUUCACGAGUGCCGGGGAGGUCGGCUUGUUCGAUUCACCGUUACAGGCAGCAUCCCUGACGGAGACCGGCUUUCGCGGGGGCCUGGUGGCCUCGGGUAGCCCGUCGACGGCACACGCAAACGCCGAUACCCACACGCUGGGCAAGCAAACCAGGGCCAAUAGUGUGCGUGCCUUUGGCAUAUCCGAGGCGAGCGGCGACGACGGCACCCACCAGCUCCUCUUACAUGAGACUUACCGCCGUUUUAUGAGCGAGUUCGAGUUCACGCACACCGACGAGGGCGACGGCGUGCCCUUUCCGUCCCCGCAUGACGGAGUGCGUGGCCAGGCGGAUGCAGAGAUGCUUGCGUCGACGAUGUUAUCAGAGGAGGCACUCGAGGUGCCGCCGAUGCGGGUGGUGCCGCUGAAGAACACGAGUCUCGGCGGCAUUGCGAUCUUGUCGUCAGACCACUACGUCGUGAAACCCGUCAAAACGCCGCUGCACAACUCACGCGGCCGCCUCCCCAUCCUCCUUUCACCACCCACCUCGCGCGCCACUUUCUUCUGCGGGGGCCCGCUGCACCAGCGGCAGGUCACGCAUAAGGCACCGAGCUCUUCCACCCCGACGGUGGUUGGGAGUCUCUCUACCGAGCAGUUUUGCGUGCCGCAGACUCUGAGCUCUGGGACGACACUGUUUGAAGCGGCCGGCUCGCUUGGCCGCUGCCGUGGCGGCGCGCCGCUGGUGAAGCUGAAUCACACCUCACUGAUUCGUCGCGCCUUGGGCUUCGCUGACUGUAGACGGCUAGAAGACGUUCCCGUGCACAAGUACGUGACUGUCACGCAUGCGGCACCAGAAGUGCUGCACCGGCGCCUAUUCUCGACUGCGAGCGACAUCUACGCCUUUGCCAUGACCUUUGUCGAGCUUGUCUCGGAGGGAGGUGUCAUCAUGAAGGAAUGCCUGCCAGAGAAUCUGCCCAAGCCUUUGACGCGUCGCGACGAGGAUGUGUACGGCGCUCGCCUAAGCGAGAAUCUCAAUAAGUGGUACCAGACCCGCAUCACUGCUCUGUUACAGAACCACGACGCCGCCAGCAAGGAGAAGGAGCAGCCAGAGUCCGCCUCACCGUACGCCGGGUCGAUUGCGGUGCGCCUGCCUCCUCACCUCUCGGAUGAGUGCAAGAAGAUGCUGCGCUGGUGCCUGCAGCCCGAUCCCGCAAAACGCCCCACCGCCGCGGAGCUACUUCGAUCUCGCUACUUCAUGCUGGGUGACUGGAUCGCGGCACCGUCGGUGGCGGAAGCCGAGGGUAAGACAGUGCAGAUGCCCGAAGCACCGUGGAUGGCCUCGAUCAGCUUCGACGCCGCAGCGAAAGCAGCCGGCCUGCCGGUGCUCUCUGCGAAGCGAUAG